AUGCGCGAGUUACGACUUUUGUGUGAUAAAUACAAUGCUAUGCUUAUUACGGAUGAAGUUCAAUGUGGAUUGGGUCGCACAGGCAAAUUAUUUGCGCAUGAACUGUACGACGUGACACCAGAUAUCAUGACAUUAGCCAAACCAUUAGCUGGUGGCUUACCAAUUGGUGCAGUUUUAAUGUCCAACAAAGUAGCUUCAGCCAUCACUCCUGGUCAGCAUGGUACGACUUUUGGUGGCAAUCCACUUGUCUGUGCUGUAGCUCAAACUGUACUUGCAAAAAUCAUGGACGACAAGUUUCUAGCUAACGUACAAAAGCGUGGUCGAUACUUGGCAAAUGGAUUGGAAAAACUACAACAAAAGUAUCCAAGAAAAAUUGCUGAUGUUCCGUAUGCACUAUCAAAACAAGUACUUAUUGUUUCAGCGGGUGAACAUACAAUUCGUCUUUGUCCACCGCUUGUUGUGGAUGAAAAGGACAUUGAUCAACUUCUUCAGGUGUUUGACCAAGCAUUUCAACAAGACAUUGUGUAG